AUGUUGAAGCUUGCCGUGGUGGCCAUGGCCUGGAGAAUCUUUGCGAUGAAAGACUCAGACUUUGAGGCGUUGCUGGACAACAUGGACCUUAGCCGAGAUGGUACGAUCCACUGGCACGAGGUGAUGCACAGCGAAGGAUUUGAUCGGCUGCCCAAAGAUGACCUGGUGUUGACCAUGGAGGAGUUCAAACAUUUCUACCGGGACACUGAGCCUUGGGUGUCCAGCGAAGUCGGCACCACUUGUGGCGAAUACAAUGAGUUCAAGCCUCCGUGCAGCGCUUGUUACUUUGCGCUGAUGUGA